UCUGGAAUGGGUAGGGUGCAAACAUGUCCAUGCAUGCAUCCCUAGACAUCCAAAUUUUCUGUCUAUGAAGCUGGCUAUCUCAUUCUCGACUAUAAAUUUGCUCGCUCUACGAGGGUGUGUGGAAGUGGAACUAUACAUUUCGGAGGGGUUUCAAUCUUUGGGUUCUUCAUCGUGUGGCCGGCCCGAGUCCGAUGUCGGAGAACGGAACUGAGCUUGCACAAGUACCACCCUCCGUGGAUGCCACUUCAUCUUUCUCGAAUAACAACGCAUGCAGGACAAAGGGGCGGCAGUGACGACGCCCGCAUCCUCCAACUCUCGGAAAUCAUCGUCACCGAAAUGCGUGCUGCCGCCGUAGCUCUCCCACCAGCACCACUGCAGAUCUACCGUGUUCCGGAGGCACAGCUCGCCGCCGACAAGGGCGCGUACCAGCCGACGUUCAUGCCCCUCGGACCAUACCACCGUGGUGACUCCGACUCUGCCACGGAAGAAAUGAGGCGCAACCAUGAGCGCAAGCCAUGGAACAUGGCCUGGGCCAUGGAAAUGGCAGGCGGUGGGCGGUCGGUGGUGGAGUACAUGAAGGCCAUCGCGUCCAUGGAGUCCGAGGCCAGGAGCUGCUACGACCGCGACGUCACCAUGGGAUGGGACGAGUUCUGCAGGAUGCUUUUGCUCGACGGGUUCCAGCUCAUCACAUUGCUCGGCUUUCUCGGCUCCAAUGGCGAAGAGGCGCCACCAGAACCAGAAGAGACGGGCGGCGGCCCAACACCCCAAACAGGUGUUGUGACCAGUUUCGAACAUGACUUGAUGAUGCUGGAGAAUCAGAUACCAUUCUUCGUCGUCCGGAAGUUGUACGCCUUGCUUCAUGCCGAUGCCGCCGGAAGUGGCCCCAUUCCCAUUGUGAAGCUAGCCUGGGGAACCAUCAGCAAUAUCAUGGGUGACCUCCGGGCGGCCUCAAAUCCUCCGCCGGCAGAGUCGUUCCAGCAUUUGGUGCAUCUGUGCCAUAUUUACCUCAAGCCAAGCAACCUCCAAGAGCCGCUAGGCCCAUGCGGCGACUAUGGAGGAAGAUUCCGGCGUGCCACCGAGUGUCACGAAGCCGGCGUCAGGUUCAGGCGGCUUCACAAUGAACGAGUCCCCUUGCUCGACGUGAGCUUUCUGAACGGGGUGCUGAGGAUGGCUCACCACAAGGUCGACGAGAAGACCAACUACAUCCUCCGCAACGUCCUCGUGUACGAGCAGAAGUACAUCCGGGAGGCGACGAGCCGUGACACCGGCUACGUGACGGCGUACGUGGUGUUCAUGUCGCAGCUCCUGGGCAGCCCCGAGGACGUGGCCCUGCUGUCGCGGCGCGGGGUCAUCGAGCACCACCUGGGCAGCGACGCCGAGGUGUGCGCCCUGUUCCGUGGCCUGGCGGAGGGGCUCGUCUUCGACCCGUCCAGCGAGCACUACCUCAACGCGGUGGGGGUGAAGCUGGGGGCCUACUGCCGCUCCCGUCUCAACCGGUGGGGCGCCUGGGUCCUCAGGCACCGCCUUGCCAACCCCUGGCUCGCCGUCGCGUGGCUCUUCGGCGCCACGGCCGUGCUGGGCACCAUCAUUCAGACCGUCAUUGCUCUCCUCCAAUACGCCCAGCGCUAGCGCUAGAUAUAUAAUACUAGUCCAUGCAUGCUUAAUUAUGAACUCUCCAAGGAAUACCCAGCAUCCUGCUUUUUCCUCCCUCCAUCUGAAUUUCAUCUAGCUUAAUUGGCUCAUGAUAAAUAUAUAUGUUCAAUUAUUUCAGCACUAAAUUAUGGUCCUCAGAUGAU